CCCAAUCUCUCUCUCUCUCUCUCUCUCUCCACCUUUCAUGGAAAAUGCCGGCAACUAUCUAGCUAUAUAGUUCUUGAAAGGUUUAAAAGCUGGUUAGGCUUAGUCUAAACAAACCUUGAAACACUCUAAACACAUCCCAAAAAGAAAAAAUAUAUAUAUAAGAUGUAUGACACCAUUUUGGCUAGAAGCUUUAGUAGACAUGACCAAAAGAAGUUGGGUUGUGGAGCUUUUGUUGGUUGUCUGAUCAUUGCAUUCAGUGUUUGUACUGUUUUUAAGCCUUAUUUGGGUCCUAUACCAGUUUUGAAUUUGCAGUUGUUGCGGGUUGGCAGUGUCAAGAUGCUAAUGACUGAGGAAAGAAGAAACCCCCCGGUAAUGACCGAGGAAAUAAGCAACCCUCCCCUAAUGAAGGAAAUAAGCAACCCUCUGGUAAUGAACCACCCGGUAAUGAUGACCGAGGAAAUAAGCAGCCCUCCACCAAUAACCGAGGAAAUAAGCAACCCUCCGGUAAUGACAGAGGAAGUAAGAUACCCUCCCCUAAUGACCAAGGCAAUAAGCAGCGCCCAUCAAAUGGAUAUCCCAACAAAACAAGUCAAGCUAGUUUGCAACUUUUCAGCACCAAGGUCAGAUGUCUGCGAAAUGACCGGUGAUAUUCGGAUUCAAGGCAACUCAUCCACUGUUUUUGUCCCCCUAACUGACAACACGGUCACUUUGUCAGAAAACAGUUCAUGGAUCAUAAGGCCUUACGCUCGAAAAGGAGACAGAACCGCAAUGGACACUGUUCGGGAAUUCACAGUCAAGACAGAAACAUCUUCCAAAAACAUCAUCCCUCAUUGCACCCACAAUCACAGUGUUCAAGCCAUUGUUUUUUCGACAAGUGGGUAUGCCGGAAACCACUUCCAUGACUUCACUGACAUCGUGAUUCCGCUAUACCUAACCGCUCGGGAAUUCAAUGGAGAAGUACAAUUUGUUGUAACAAACAAAAACCCUUGGUGGAUUAUCAAGUAUCAAACAAUAUUGAAAAAGUUGUCCAAAUAUGAGAUAAUUGACAUUGACAAAGCAGUUGGAGUUCAUUGCUUCCCAAGCAUGAUUGUUGGUCUCAAACAACACAAAGAGUUCGACAUUGACCCAUCAAGGUCUCCAUAUUCCAUGAAAGAGUUCAGAAAGUUCUUGAGAGAAGCCUACUCAUUAAAGAGAGAAACCACAAUCAAAUUAAGAGAUCAAAAAAUAGUAGUUCCACUUCCAGUGCACAAGACUCCUGCCACUAUGGGGUCUGGGGAAGUGAAAAGGCCUCGGCUUUUGAUUAUUUCGAGAAAAAGAACCCGGUCAUUUACAAACGAAAGGGAGAUAGUUAAAAUGGCUGAAAGGUUGGGAUUUGAUGUGAUCAUGACUGAGGCGAACUCAAAAGUAGCCCCGUUUGCACAGCUCGUGAACUCAUGUGAUGUGAUGAUGGGGGUGCAUGGAGCUGGCCUAACCAACAUUGUUUUUCUUCCAGAGAAAGCUGUUUUCAUCCAAAUAGUUCCUUUGGGGAAAAUGGAAUGGUUGGCUAAUACUGACUUUGGACAGCCAGCAAAGGAUAUGAACCUAAACUACAUUGAAUACAAGAUUGGUGAAAAAGAGAGCUCUCUGAGAGAACAAUACCCACGUGAUCAUCAAGUUUUUAGGGACCCUAAUGCAAUAAUUAAGCAAGGAUGGCUUGCUUUUAGGGCAGUGUACUUGGACAAACAAAAUGUGAAGCUUGAUGUGAGAAGGUUUAGAGGAACUCUGAUUGAAGCUAAGAAGCUUCUGCAUCUGUAAGUAAUCCUGGUUUUACAGAGAAGAGGGUUUCAGUGUGCAUAUGUAUCAGUAAUCCUCAUUUAUUUUGUUUCUCAUUUUCCAAGUUUGAAGUUCCUUGCAAUCUUGCAAGGUGAUUUUUUAUUUAUCCCCAUGUUAAUUAGCAACAUCAUUUUCUCUCUCUAGUAGUGGUUAGAAGUUUAUCAAUACGGUCCAAUCUUCUCUCCUAAUUAGAAAGAAGCAGGGCUCAAUCAUGUAAAAAUCUUGAAAUACAUUUAUGAUAAUCUGUUUUGUUCA